AUGCUCGUGGUGCUGGCAGGCAAGCUCGCCAUCUACACGGCGGCAGGCGGCAUCGAUCCGACCCGCUGCCUUCCUGUGACGAUUGACGUUGGAACGAACAACCAGGCGCUGCUUGAUGAUCCAUAUUACAUGGGAUUGCGUCAUCCACGCAUUGAGGGCGCCGAGUAUUUCGAACUCAUGGACGAGUUUAUGAACGCAAUCUACAUGCGUUAUCCAAACGCGCUUGUGCAAUUUGAGGAUUUCAAAACGCCCAAAGCGGAACAGCUGCUGAACCGCUACAGAAACAACUUCACAUGCUUCAACGACGACAUGCAAGGUAGCACGGGCGCCGUUGCCCUUGCUGGCCUUCUCGCUGCCCUCCGCAAAACAGGGACGCCGCUGACGGAGGCAAAGAUUGUGUGUGUCGGCGCCGGCAGUGCGGGCAUUGGCGUGUGCAGCAUGCUGGCUGACGCGAUGGUGCGGUCUGGGCUGAGCGCGGCGGAGGCGUACCAGCGGUUCUGGCUCAUCGAUGAGAAGGGCCUCAUCACGUCCUCGCGCACAAAUCUUCAGAAUGCGCAGAUUGAAUUCGCCCGCCGUGGGACUGAAGACGCGGCGAUGGACGGAUCGUCCCUCAAGGAGACGGUCGAUGCCGUCAAGCCAAACAUUCUGCUUGGCCUCUCUGGCUGCGGCGGCGUGUUCACGGAAGACGUUGUCAGGACAAUGGCCACACACUGCGAACAGCCCAUCAUCUUCGCCAUGUCCAACCCAACGCAUCUGUCGGAGUGCACGGCGCAGCAGGCGUACGAGUGGACGGAUGGCCGGGCCACAUUUGCCAGCGGGUCUCCGUUUGAUCCCGUCACCGUCACAGAUGCACACGGCAAGCAGCGCACACUCGACUGCUCCCAGGCCAACAACAUGUACAUCUUCCCUGGCCUUGGGCUGGGCGUGGUUGCCUCCCGCGCCAGCCGCGUGACAGACCGCCUCUUCUACGUCGCCGCCCAGCGCCUCGCCGACUGCGUCUCAGACUCAGACCUCGCUGCGGGCAAGGUGUUCCCGCCCAUCUCCGAGAUUCGUGAAGUGUCACGCAAGAUUGCUGUCGCCGUCGCCAUUGCCGCAUAUGAGGACGGCCUCGCACGCAUCUCGGGCAGCGGCCAGGACUGGUACUCCCGCGUCGGCGACAUCAUGUGGGAGCCCGUGUAUCCACAGCUCGUGCGCGCCAGCUCAAUCGUUUGA